CCACUUUUGCUUUUCCAAAGUACCCCGCCAUCUUCGUGAUCAAAACUCCAAAAAAUUUCUACAUCUCAGAUUCCACACUUUAAAACAUUGACGUUUUGUGUGUCAGCCAUCAAUCGUCAUCAUGCCUCUCACUAUGUUUAAGCAACCACGAGUCAUCCUGGGACUCAUGACCUUUGGAAAAGAUGCAGGUAGUGGCGCUCGCAUUACUUCCAUGGAUGAGUACAACAAGAUGCUUGAUCACUUUCAAGCUGCUGGAUACAAUGAAGUUGAUACAGCUCGAUCAUAUGUUGGUGGCACGCAAGAGGCCUGGACUCGAGACGCAAAAUGGAAAGACAGAGGACUCGCGCUUGCAACGAAAUCAUACCCCCACAAGGCUGGAACUCAUGCCGCCGAAGUUAUCACUGAACAGCUUAACACGAGUCUGAAAGAGCUUGGCACUGAUUGUGUUGACAUUUUCUAUCUUCACGCUCCGGAUCGUUCGAUUCCUUUCACUGAAACUUUGGAGGCCGUUGAUAAGCUCCACAAACAGUGAGUUCCGAUUUAAAACAUUUCUUGGCGAAACACGUGCUGAUCUCAUCUGCAGGGGAAAAUUUGUCCAGCUUGGUAUGGCCAUGACUCUCGUACCAAAAGAUGGAUACUAACACCGCUGCAGGACUCUCAAACUUCACAGCGUUUGAAGUUGCGGAGGUUGUGAUGGUACGUCAAUUUCUACUCUGCC